AGGGGAGGCCGGAUGUGAGUGGAGCGGCCAUUUCCUGUUUCUCUGCAGUUUUCCCCAGCUUUGGGUGGUGGCUGCUGCUGGGCUCCGGCUUCCCAUCGGCGGAGGGCAAGGCGGCGUGGACAGCGGCCCCGGCACCCCGCGCCCCGCCGCCCGCAGCCGCGCGCCCGCCCGCCCGCCGCGCCCCGAGCUCUCCGCUCCUCGCCUCAGCGCCCGGCCGCCGCCGCCGCGGCCCAGAGAGCGGCCCAGAUGCAGGCCAUCAAGUGUGUGGUGGUGGGAGACGGAGCUGUAGGUAAAACUUGCCUCCUGAUCAGUUACACGACCAAUGCCUUUCCUGGAGAGUAUAUCCCCACUGUCUUUGACAACUAUUCUGCCAAUGUUAUGGUGGAUGGAAAACCGGUGAAUCUGGGCUUGUGGGAUACGGCUGGACAAGAAGAUUAUGACCGAUUGCGCCCCCUCUCCUAUCCACAGACGGUUGGAGAAACGUAUGGUAAGGAUAUACCCUCCAGGGGCAAAGACAAGCCGAUUGCCGAUGUAUUCUUGAUUUGCUUUUCUCUUGUGAGUCCUGCAUCAUUUGAAAAUGUUCGUGCAAAGUGGUACCCCGAAGUGCGACACCACUGUCCCAACACUCCUAUCAUCCUGGUGGGGACCAAACUUGAUCUGAGGGAUGAUAAAGACACGAUUGAGAAACUGAAGGAGAAGAAGCUGACGCCCAUCACCUACCCGCAGGGCUUGGCCAUGGCCAAGGAGAUCGGUGCCGUCAAAUACCUGGAGUGCUCGGCGCUCACGCAGCGAGGUCUCAAGACGGUGUUUGAUGAAGCUAUCCGGGCGGUUCUCUGCCCGCCCCCCGUCAAGAAGAGGAAGAGAAAAUGCCUGCUGUUGUGAAUGUCCGGGCCCCCCCCGCCUGUCCCGUCCCCCAGGACCCUUUGUACGCUUUGCUCAAACGGUGGAGCCUUCGCACUCAAUGCCAAGUUUUUGUUACAGAUCAGUUUUUCCAUAAAACCGUUUUGAACCAAUCAGUAAUUUCUAGGUUUUGUUUGUUUAAAGUGUAAGAGUUCAAACUUUCACAUUCUAUUAAAGUUUAGCCCUAAAAUGACAA